AUGUCGACAAGCCAGAGCUCUGCCCAGAAACGAAAAAGACCGUCCUCGGCGUGUAAACGGUGCAAGGACCAGCAUAUCCGAUGUGAUGCGGAGACGAAAGGACUCCCCUGUUCGCCCUGCCGGCGAGUGGGCAACUCGGAUUGUCAAAUUGCAAAGACGAAAAGAACACGAGGAAGCAAUGGGCGAUUCGCAACCAGCGACCUGGCCACCACUGAGUCCAUAGCCCAACCCAACCAAACGACGCGCAUAUCGGAUCGAGUUCCCCCAUUCUCGAUUGACGUCGUAGCCCUGUGCAAUAGCCACCGCCGAAGAUGUUAUUUGUCUGGUGAUGGAUCAUUGAGCGGCCAGGAUCGUUUGUAUGCAAGCACGCGCCAUCGUCAGGCGUCCGCUCCUCCCAUCUGGGGCGAGAGCUGGUAUCUGUCAUAUGUGAUCCAAACGACAAACAGCGACCAAGGCUGCUUAUAUCGGCCUAUACAGGAUGAACAAGGAAACACUGCGGUGGCUCACCAUCCACGCCGCGAUCACAGGUCGACAAGCAUAUCGCAGCACCUUCUGCCCCCUGCGCAGCUAGUCAAUGACCUGCUGCGUGGCUACUUCGUUAUAUUCCACCCAUUCUGUCCCAUCCUAGACCGGGAAGCAUUCCUCGGUUCCGUGAGCGAUGGGUCAGUGUCCAAGGUCUUGCUGCGCUGUGUGCUUUUUAUUUCCUCGAUCCACUGCGAUUUGAAGACGAUACACCUCCUGGGUUAUUCCGGACGUAUAGAGGCAGAAGACGAUCUUUUCAGCUCCGCAAAGGCCGCUUUUGACUGCGAACCGGAAGGGGAUCGUCUGGUCAUGCUUCUAUGCUCUUAUCUCCUCCACUACUGGUCCGGAUCUGCCAGCCAGAGUAGAGACUCGCUAUGGUGGCUGGCUGGCACGAUUCGUUCUGCACAAUGCAUGCAGAUGCAUCGCAAGGCCCAGCAAAGGAAUUUCCAGCCAGAACAAGAGCGUAUGUGGCGACGCAUCUGGUGGUUACUAUACAUUCGUGAUAGACAGAUAUCGAUCUCGCUGGGAAAGCCCAUGAUCAUCCACGACUGCGACUGCGAUGUUGAACUCAUCAGCGAGGGUGAUCUUGUGGAUGAAUCCCCAGAAACAAUUGCAUAUGUACUGGCACAGGCCAGACUAUCAAUCGCAGGUUAG